AUGAACGCAUCAGAGAAGAACGAGAACAUCAUGGAGAACCAGCCUCAGGGCACGAUGAUGGACCACGAUGUCAAGGGCGCCACCGCCGAGGACCCUUCCUCUGUCGACUCUCGGGGUUCUCCUGUUGAAGAAUACCCUGAGACCGUGGAGGAAAAGCAGCCCAUGGGCCGCCGGAUCUGGAAGUCGUUCAAGACGCCUGGUUCGGCCUUGCAGAUCGUCUCUGCCGCGCUGUUGGCGGUGGCCAUUGGCCUGAUCGUUUCGACUCAAGUCGACAAGGUCCCUACUCCGGCUGUCGAGAUUCUCAACAUCCCAGGCGACCUCUGGCUGCGUGCCCUUAAAGCUGUCGUUCUCCCCCUCAUCAUCUGCGCCAUGAUCCUCGCCGUCUCCCGUCUACGUGAUAUGGCCGACGGCAGUGGCGGCAGGCUCGCAAAGUGGACCAUUGGCUACUACGUUCUCACGACCUUCCUCUCCAUUGUCAUGUCCUGCAUCAUGACCGCUUUCGUCUGGGGCCCCCGCUUCAUCGAAGUCAGCGACGACUCGCUCGACAUCAGCGAAGCCGACCAGGCCACCGCUGAUGAGAAGGCCGCCAGCGGUGAUGCGAACCCACCUCACAUUGUGGUGAAGACGCUGUUCCGGUCUUUCAUCACCCAGAACGUCUUCUUUUCCCUGUCCAAUGACGAGCUCCUCGCCAUUCUCAUCAUGGCCUGCGUUAUUGGCUACCUUAUCAAGUCCAAGGACUCGCUGAUUUACAAGCUGGUCGUCGAGCUGGAGAGCAUGAUCAUGCGCAUCAUCACCUUCCUCAUCAAGGUCGCGCCGAUUGGUGUCUUCUUCCUCGUCCUGUCCAACUUGAUGAAGCUCUCCAUUGCCGAGAUUGGCGCCAACCUCGGCAUGUUGAUCGGUGGUACCCUGGGCACCAUGGCCAUUCACCUCUUUGUGAUCCUGCCCAUUAUCUUCUUCGCAGUCGUUCGCCGGAACCCAUACACCUACUGGUUCAGGAUCGCGCCUGCCUGGAUCACUGCCUGGGGUUCUGCCUCGUCUGCGGCGACGCUCCCCGUCACUCUGCGGUGCGCCCACGCCCAGAAGAUCCCCAUCACCGUCUACAAGUUCACCUGCCCGCUCGGCUGCCUGAUCAACAUGGACGGUACCGCCAUUUACUUCCCCAUGGCCGUUGUCUUCCUCGCUGCCACCCAGGGCAAGGUGCUCAUGGGCGUCGACUACGUCAUCAUUGUCGUGCUCGCCACCCUGGCCUCCAUUGGCACCACCCCGAUUCCCUCGUCGUCGCUUGUCCUCGUCAUCAUGAUUGCCAACUCGGUCAACGUCGAGGUCACGGGCAUGUACGCCGUCAUUGUCGCCAUUGACUGGCUGCUUGACCGCUUCCGCACGGCGAUCAACGUGUCUGGUGAUCUGAUGGGCUCCAAGGUCGUGGAAAGGCUUAGCAAGGUUGUCGACCCCGAGGGCCUGGUCGACGAGACCAUGGGUCCCCGUCCCGACGCUGACGGUGCUCGCUACGCCUAA